AUGAGCGAGAAAAUAAGUGUCCUUAGGUUCAAACGGAAGCAGCCAAAUGAUUCGCCCUUCAGUUUGGUGGUGCAGGCAAAGAAGCCAAAAAUUGACGGAUUGGAUGACAAUCAGCAUAUAAUUUUCAAAUAUGCCGGUAGAGUUAAUAGUGAUUGCGAGAUAGAAUCAACUUUAAAGAAGCUUGCUGUCCCUGUUGUACGAAAGAAGCGGCCAUUAGUAAAACAAGAAACCGAUGAAAAUAAAAACUUAUCGCGGAAAGAUAGCUCUCGUAGCUCAUUCAGAUCAGUCUCAGUUUCGAAAAAAGUGAAAAUUGGCGAAGAUAUUCAACUUUUAGAGGUUGAUGAGAGUCCACCCGCAUUUGAAGAGCAAUGUGCUUCAACUGACAGCUCAGAUUUACUUACUUGUAAUGGAUUGAAGCUAGUUAGAAAUAAAUUAAACAUCAAUGAGCCAUCAAGCAGUACUGCCUGCUAUAACUCGGACGGCGAUGAUCUUUACGACCUUUAUUACCACUGCUGGACAACAGAUGAAUUGGAUACCACUUUUGAUCCUUUGGAUAUUAUUUAUGUCGCCCCGAAUAACUUGGAGGAAAGAAUAUCUGACUCUGACGAAAAUGAAAACUUCGAAGACAGUGAUAGUAAUGAUGAAGACCACUGGAAAAAUGACUACCCUGACUCUCCUGAUAGUGUUGGUAGCUCCGAUGGCGGGUCUGUUUCAUCAGAGAAUAGCUUCUCGCAUAAUAACAGGGCAUAUCGAAAUUGGAAAGCUGAUGGCGGAAUUUUUGUCAGCCACCAGGAUAACAUGCAGUAUGGCUUUUAUAACGACGACCCUACCGAAUUUUUUGAAAGAUAUUCUGAUCACGUGCAGUCGGAUCACUCACUUUCGGACUAA